UUGUGUGUUGUGUAUGUGCACUCUCUCUGUGUAUCGCGCGGGCGCGCGCACACGAGUGAGAUCGCUGCAGUCAUGGAGGAGUUGAGCGCGGUGGGUGAACAGGUCUUUGAUGCUGAAUGUAUCCUCAACAAACGCGUGAGGAAGGGCAAACUGGAGUAUCUGGUGAAGUGGAGGGGAUGGUCGUCCAAGCAUAACAGCUGGGAACCUCAGGAAAACCUUCUUGACCCGCGACUAUUGGCUGCUUUUAACAAGAGGGAGCAGGAGAAAGAACUCUUGAUGCUUAACAGAGGGAAAAGGCCUCGAGGACGACCUAGAAAAAAUUUGGAAACCAUUCCAGCUGUGUCAAAAUCCAGCAGUUCGUCAUCAUCUUCCGCAUCGUCCUCGGAUUCAUCUUCCUCAUCCUCAUCUUCCUCCUCUUCUUCUUCUGAUGACGAUGAUGAAGAUGACAUCGACAGGAACCCUGAGCCCAGUCCUCGGCCACGAGAACUUCACCCAGUCCCUCAGAAGAAAGCCCAAAUCGUGGUGGCCAAGCCAGAACCUCCUAAGAAGCGAGGCAGGAAGGCUUUACCUCCAGAACUGAAGGCAAUGCGACAAGCCAAAGGUCCACGGAAAAUGUUCAAGCCCCUCCCGAAAGACUCAGACCUCCGGGGCAGCAUUAAGAAACCACUCAUGCCCGCCAGCUUCACCUUCACCGGAUUAAACAGAAUCUCUGGCAGGGAACCAAUCACAUCACAGAACAGAGGAUCCUUUACCCACAAGAGUUCUGUGGGACGCCCUGUCGGAUCCGUGUCUUCGCCACUAAGUCGGCCAACGCAAGGCAAAGUCGCUUCUGAUUUUAAACUCACAGUAUCGGAUAUGAACACCGGAGGGACUGAUCCAAAGACAACCUCAUGCAAGUCUCCAGGAGUGGCUGCGUUAAAUCUAAACAACUCAAUAAUCAGUAGCAACGGACCAGCUUGUCCACAGGCAGAGCCUACAUCUCCUAACGUACCAAAAAAACAAGAAGGUCCUCAGACUCUUCAGCGAGCAGCUCUCCCGAAAUCACCAAGUUCCUUUUCACCCCUAAAAACUCCCUCCAGCCUCCAGGCGCUCAACCUGCAGAGCGUCAACAAAUCUGCACAGGGUAACGGCACAGGCGAAAGUACCCAUCUGAAAAGCCCUGCCAACCCAGCCAGAAAGAGUACGGGAUUUAACACGAGUCCUGCUCCGAACACAUCUACUAAGUACUCAGCCAACCAGCCGAUCCUGAAGAGUCCACAACGAGCCAGAUCCAAAUCAGAGGAGUCCAGGGAUUUCACAGAGAGAUUCGGAAAGAAAAGUCAAAGCAGAGAGGAGAAGAUUGCGAUACAGACACCGCCAACAGACGUCCGAGAAUCCCAAAUGAUUCAAGACAGAUCUUCAUCUAAAGACGUCGGGAAACAAGUCAAGACCUUGAGCGAACUGAGUACCGGAGAGGAAGGCAGCAGCUCGGAUUCGGACCAAGAUUCCUCGUUACCCAGCAUUAAACAAGAUUUGUCGGUGCAGACGGGUCAGGACUGGAGGCCGACACGGAGUCUGAUCGAGCACGUGUUUGUCACGGAUGUUACCGCAAACCUCGUGACGGUAACGGUGAAGGAGUCGCCCACCAGCGUCGGGUUCUUCAGCAUCCGUAAUUACUGAACGCCAACUGGAAAUUUUGCUACUCUGGGAAAAUCCGAUGAGUCAGGAGAAAGAGACUGAUGUUUAGAGGAGGUUUGAAGGAAUCAAAGCAGCUUUUUAGUUCUGCUUCAUCUUCAAUGGAUUUUACUCUCACGUGUUUUUACUCAAAGCUAAACUUUCUUAGUUGAAGACCGAUGGGUCAUAAUCAUUCUGAGAGGAGGUGUAUAAUCACCUGGUGCUUAUAGUAAAAGACAAACCGUCUCUUAAGAAGUCAAUUAACAAGAGACUGUUUAUCUUCUUGUUGUUUUUACUGCUGGGAUUAUUUCUAGUUCUCUUAAAGUUGAUUCUGAGUAUGUUACACAAGUGUAUUUAAUAUGGUAUAACGCCAAAUCUCAGAUCGUUUUUAAAGGUGCCUGUUUUCAGUGCUGUCCUCUUUUUGCCUGAUAACAAAUUUAAUGAAUGUAGCCGUCGUUUUGAUACUACACAACGAUUUUCUGUUUAUUUAUUGUUUCUUACUGUUUUUGUUUCGUUUUAGGUCAUAUGCCGAAAAACACAGUAAAGGUUCAU